GCUUUGAUGAGAGCGGAGACCAUUUGGAGAUCUAUGAUCGUCAGGCUCCGUAUCGCAAGUCGUGCCUUCUUCCAUCAUCACCAGUCGUCUGACCCUCGCCAGAUGUCAUAGUUGAUUGUUCUUUCCCAGUCGAAAGCCAAAUGGCUGACCAACUGCAAAUGCUGUGUGUGGCUCCUCCCCCGCGCAGGAUUGUGCUUCCGUUCUUGUCUCGGGUCUUGGCGAGGCAAACGCUGCAUGUCUCGUCUCACUCUUGCUGACACGAUAGAACCGGACGCGCCUGGCCUGUCUGUUCCUCCUGAGAAUCGGAAGUCGAGAGCGAAGAGCACAUGAAAGAUAAAGACGGCAGCCUGAUGGGUCGCCCUUUUCUGGCUGUGUCUUUCUUGAGAAUUACCCUUCUCUCCCCUUGUGGAACGUCGUCUCGCUUCCCAUCUCCCGUCUUCGUCUCCCAUCCCAUCCCAUCACCCCAAAGGACGCCGGCAUUUGCGUCGCCAUUAUCGUCGACAACAACUUCAAUAACAAUAACAACAACAUCAUCAUCAGUUCUGAGGAAGACUUCGAUUUCCGGGGCGCUCUCUUUUACCAUUCAGGCAUUGGAUAUAUCAUUCUCUUCAAAAACCAUCCCACCCCCAAUGCUGUCCCCUGGUCUUCAGUUUGUCGUCGCCAUAAAGGCCCAUCCAGACGACGUCGUGCAUUUGCACGGCCACGAAAACCACUUAUCCCAGCUAAUUCCAGCCGCCAUGCGUCUGCCCGUCGAGAUCUUGCAUCAGAUAUACUUUCUGCUCGACCCUCCCGACUUCAAUGUCGCCCGCCACACCUGCCGCACCUGGUUCUGGGCCAGCUUGAAUCGAUCCAUCCUCGUCACCAUGCUCAAGCGCGGAGGAUGGUGGUCCAGUAUCGAAAGAAUCCUCGAAGUCAAGCAGGGGAAACAUGCUUUGUUCAAUGUUCACGACCAAGAUGUGACCGAGGAAUGGGUCAUGUCCAAGUGGCUCGCCAGAGAGUGUGCCCUGGGCCCGAGUCAUCACGGGCUUGAACCCGCCUUCGUCGAGAUCAGUCAGACGCAGUUCACCGAUUUCGACUCGGGCACGGUAUCUGGGACUGGCGAGGAUGUUUGUGCCAGGUACACCGCAAGCAUGUGUGGCCAGUUCCUGAUGGUCAGCUACGGAGCAGUCAUUUACGUCUACGAGUUGAACCAUCGAUGCAGAGACGCCAAGUCGCCCCGGUGGCUCAUGUCUUCGUAGCAAGAGACGUUACCACGCCACAAG